AUGACCGUCUCACUGCCACCCGAACUCGUCACCCUCUGCCUCCAGCAACUCGACCCAAGCGAUCCCUCCACCGUCCCCACCCUCCUCGACGCCUCGCUCGCCUCGCGAUCCUUCAAGUCCCUCGCACUCGCACCCUUGCUCUGGAAGCCCAUCGCCGACGAGACCUACCACCGACAUCGCCCUCCCUCAUCCGCCGGCCCCUCAUUCGAACACGAUGCCUUCGAGUACUUCCGCCAACGAGCAGCCAAGGACCUCCGCGCUCGCUCGAUCGUCCGCGAACUCGCGACACAGUCAACCAAGCGUCUCGCGAAGAUGGAAGAGCUGCGCCGACUCGGCUCAGACGUGAUUGAGAACCGGUUGUGGAGGCCUGAAGAGUUUACGGAGGAGAAACGCCCCUCGAAUUGGCUUUGCUUGCAGUAUUGGGCGAGGGAAAGUCGCAAGGCGCUCUUGAGGGAGGAGGCGGUCAGGGUGUGGAGGGAGAUUGCGCUGAGGGACGUCAGGGGCGAAGAAGCGGACGACGAUUUCGAGCGAGGGAUGAAUGCGUUCGGCGCGUUCAGAGGUUACGACCCCAUGGUUAUCCCUCGUGAACGGUUCGACGUGUCGAAUCACCCGCGACUCGUCGAGGCGACCUCGCACCCUCCGUUCGAAGGCUCGAAGCGGCUCGAGUGGAUCGCCCGCGAGGCCUACGAGUACGCCCGCUCGAUCGGCCUCAAGCCAGCCAUCGAGGGCGCCUACCACAACCUCGACUGCCAGUACGUCGAGUCGGUCUGGAAUCGCGCCGCGGGACCGUCGGCGCAGAACCACGGCACGCUGCCGAUGACUUUGGUCGGCAUCUACUGCUCGCUCGUCCGCCGCCUCCCUAUUGCCCGCGAGCUCAAGAUCCGUGUUCGACCAGUUGGUUUCCCCGGAACGGUCCUCGCAGCCCUUGCAUACGAAGGGAGCGAUGAAUGGACCUACAUCAACGUCUUCUCGUCCGGCAAGAUCCUCUCGCGCGACCGGUUGCUCAGCCUCCUCGGUGCGAUGGGCCAAGCAGGCGAGACGCACUUUCUCGAGUCCGCCUCGGCACGGGAGAUGUGCCUCCGAGUCGCUCGGAACAUCCUCACGGCCGUCCGGACGGGCGAACAAGCGCCCGGCAUUCCCCUCGCGCACGAGACAGCCAUUGCAGCGCUCUACUCCGUCUCUCACGCCCUCUUCAUCCUCACCAACCCGCAACUCUUGCUCGGGAAUGAGCGGACGGCGCUCGACCGCGACGUCGACCAGUACUUUGAGUGGAUGUGCUCGCUCAUCCAGAGCGAGUUUCCCCUCGACGUGCACUACCUCGAGUCCGCCCUGCCUGUCCUCUCGGCGGACGUCAGGCCGCGGAUCAGCGUCUUGUGCGAGGCGAUCAGGGAGGAAGACGCGGCGAACAAGGAGCAGAAACUUGUGAACGGGGACAUCAAGUGGCCUAUCGGGCACGUCUUCCGACACCGGCUGUUCCGGUACGUCGCGGUGGUACGAGGGUGGGACUACAAGUGCGAGGCGAGCGAGCAGUGGAUCCGCCAAAUGCGCGUCGACACCCUCCCUCACGGUCGCAACCAGCCCUUCUACCACGUCGUGGUCGACGACGGCUCGGCACGCUACGUCGCGCAAGAAAACGUCACCGAUACGCCCAUCGACGACGACGAAGUCGAUCGUUUCCUUACCAACGAGGGGUUUGGUCGGUACUUCCGCAAACGGGAGAGGAGGGAGGACGGGAGGUGGACUUUUGUGGCAAGCGCGGAGGUUGAGGCGGAGUACCCGGACUCGUGA